AUGGCUCCUCCAAACAGCGCUCUUUUCGUCAUUGAUAUCCAACACGACCUGGCGGGGGAUCCCAAGACUGAGAUCCCACAUGCCGCCCGUAUCCGUGAUGCUGGAGAGGUCAUCCUUUCUGCCGCGCGUGGUAUUUCUCAAACUGAGGGAGCUCAGCCGCCUCUCAUAGUCUUUGUGCAGCACGAGGAAGCCCCUGAGGAGGGUCCCCUAGUCAAGGGAAGCGAUCCAUGGAAACUUGUCUUUGAGCCGCAGACGAACAAUUCUAGGGAGAUUCUCGUGCCCAAGACCACUCGAGACACGUUCAAGUCAAACCCGGGACUCGCUGAACAGCUGAAGGCGCAAGGAAUCGAACAUAUCGUGGCGUUUGGAGUCCAAAGCGACUGCUGUGUAUUCGAGACAAGCAAAGGUGCCCUCGAGGCCGGGUUUCGACUUACGCUACUGCAAGGAGCCCAUUCGACUUACGAUUCCAAAGAGGGCACUGCACUUGAGAUUGAGACGAGUAUUGAAGAUUCAUUGAGGGCUCUUGGUGCAAAGAUCGUUCAGUUUGAAACUGCGGUGGGCGGCUGGAAAGAGACGGGGAACUUGGAUUUUUGA